AGCUUGAAAAAGAUGAGAAAAUAAAAAAAGCACUAAAACAAUAUUCAGAUAAUGAGGAACUUCAAAGAUAUAUGGAAUAUGGUAUGAAGCUUAAAUAUCAUACAAAGCUACUUGAGACCGCUAAAAAACAAAUUGCAGAUGAAAUAAUUCCUUGGGGAAAUAUUUAUGAAGAUUGGGAUAUUGAUGAAUUAUUAGCGAAAAUAUAA